AUGCGAUACUUAAUCUACAUAAGGCACCAAGCACUCGGCUCAGAUCAAAGCCCGUUCCAGCUGCAAACGCACCAUCUCCUUAUUCUCCCCGCCUUCUCUCUCUCACUUCUCCCUUGCCUUCUCCAUCAUCGACUUCAGCAUCCCGCACCAUAUAAAUCUACAGCCGCCCUAGAUCUACUCCGUCUGAAAGAAGCCACCCAAGAGCUCAAGAUCGUCGCGUCUGACGCCCAGAAAAAUCUCAAGGAACUAAACUCAAGUCAAUCCAAGAACUCCGGCUCCUUCGACAGUAUCUUACACGAUUGUAUCGAUGCGGAAAAAUAUCUAAAUGCAUCUUUAGAAAAGCUGACAGCAAGCCCAAAUAGUCGGCUGGCCUACCGAGGAUCACAGGCUAUAGUUGCGAUCAAGAGCCUGUGGUCAGAAAGCGACACCAAGAAAUGGAAUGACAGGCUCAACAGAAUAAAGCAGGACGAGGCGAGGCAGACUGAUGAGCUCGCAGUGGGUAUUGAGGAGGGAGUUGGCCAUGUCCUCGAAUCUGUGAGGUACAUCGAAACCACUAUGAAUGCCUUGCAGGGAGAUUUCAAGAAGAAUACGACAGGCAGGAGGUUGGCCGAUUCUUCGGAGGAGGAGAGACUCGCUGAUGCCAUUUGGGCUUCGACCUCCCUUCUGGACCUAAAGAGGCCUAGAGGAAAGCCAGCGCCGCCUGAAAAUUCUCACCAUAUUUCAGUGGAUCACGACCCUGAGAUAUAUGAGAAUCCAAUCUUUCAGAAGGUUUUGAAGAGUCUCAAGUUCAAUGGGAUGUCUGAGCGCGUUGACAGGAUCACAAACGCGCACCCCAAAACUUUCGAUUGGCUAUUCACGACGCAAACUAAUCAGGAUGAGCUGGGGAAUCUACAGUUGGAUGCAAAAUCUAUGGACUUUGUGCAGUGGCUUCGAUCACAGAACGAUACCAUUUUCUGGAUAACGGGCAAACCAGCUUCAGGGAAGAGCACUCUGAUGAAAUUCAUCUCAACACACGGCUCUCUGUACGAGCAUCUUCGUGUAUGGGCUGGCGAAGCCAAACUGGUAGUCGCGAGCUUUUACUUCUGGGGGCCGGGAUCGAAAAUCCAGAAGUCACGGGUGGGCCUACUCAGAUCACUCUUGUACCAACUCCUUGUCCAGCAACCUGAGCUAUGCGAAGUGGUGACUCCCAGACGUUGGGCAUUCUUCUCCCAGGUCGGCAUCGAUGCCAAGUCUCCGGAUUGGGAAUGGACUAAGUUGCGGAGGUGCCUCGAGCGCUUCGCCAGCCAGAUUAAAAACACAUCACGGCUCGCUUUGUUCAUCGACGGACUCGACGAAUAUGACGAGAUAGGGGAAAAGGAGUGGCCCCAAGGCGAGGACGAGGAUGCCUCUCAGGCCCAAAAUCAUGCUCAAGAAGAGAUGAUAAGCUUUCUCAAAGCGCUGCACGAGGAUUACAAUCCCAAAAUAUGCGUCUCGAGUAGGACAUGGCCCAUCUUCUCGGAUGCUUUCUCGCAGAACCCUUCCUUGAAAAUGGAAGCGCUCACUCAGCCUGAUAUUGAGAUUUACGUCGACGACCAUUUCAACAAGAGUCGUGCAAUCCAAGAUCUCCGGCUAUCCGAACCGAAAAUAAUCGAAAAGUUGACAGAGGAAAUUAAAAAUGAGGCUGAAGGUACUGAGAAGAGCAAUGCAUCCAGGUUGUAUCAACUUAUCAUCGAGUGGAAGUCGACAGGGAACAGCCAAAUUGAGGCCGGCUUUCUAUGGCAGUCCCUUGAGUGUGCGGACCCAACGAGGAAGAUGGUAUACCGGGGGGUCUCUGAGGACGAACGCAUAAUCCAGCCACUCAAGCGGCUACUUGCCGGGUGCACACAAGGGCUUCUACAAGCUUCGGCUUCACAUUACAACAACUGGGCCACCAUCUGCAGCGACGGCCCUUCCGAUUUCAACCCCAUCCUUACACUCAUCGCCAUCCUAGCCUGCCAGUUGCGCGAGUCAAUGCAGCCGGCUAACAGAGCAGCAUCCGCCGCUCUACGCUUCAUUCUGAAGAGGGAUCUGAUCCUUCGGAUCCUGAGGCUCUCGAGCAAGAUCGAGAACACGCCGGAGAAUAGGGGCAAACUUGUCACCAUCCUCAAUCAAGUGGCCACGGAAUGGCUCCUGCCUGUUGAUACCACCCAGUGGUUCGAGGAGACGAUGGUAGAGACUGGGAACCGUUUACUGGUGAACGGUCGCGCCACCACUUUGGCAGCCGCCUGGUGCUGUCUGCCGCUCCUCAGGGCGCAGGUGGAGGCCGAUCCGACCAUAUUGCGCAAAAGGAACCCGCUGCGUAAUAUCAAGGUGGUUCUCUUCAACAGACCCAGACCCAUCUCUCUCCUUGAGGCGUCAGCUUUGAGCUGGGUUUCGAAAAGCAUGUUAAGUCUGCCCGAGUGGGAUAAUCCGUCGCGUAAAAGGGGCUAUGGUCCAGCACGGAUGCUUACCAAGUGGAACAUUUACCUGCGGCUGGAAACGAUUAAGUUCCUGCUCCAGAAUAAUGCCAAGCCGGAUAGCUCGUUCAAGAAACGAGUAAAGACGUAUGUGCAGCGCAGCCAGGGCACUGCGCCGCUUGAACAUAUAUGUUGGUCGUUAGUGGACGAAUUGUUCGACAACAAAUCCGAUUUGGCCUCUUAUGAUGUUAGGCAAAGGCUAUUGCUGGAAAUCGAUGAACUUCCUCCCAAAAACUUUCCGGAGCUUGAGAUUAUGUUCGAAUUUAUGGCAUUGAGCCAUUGA